GCCUCAUUUUAAUUUAUUUUAAUUUAUUUUAAUUUAUUUUAAUUUAUUUUAAUUUAUUUUAAUUUAUUUUAAUUUAUUUUAAUUUGUUGGAGAACGUAUGGCGAGCUAUAUUUCCUGUCUGCUUAUACCUGGACCCGGCUUAGUUAUAUCCAUUUAACCUAGGACUUAUCUCUAUAUACCUACACUCGUAUUGCUAAAGGGGUAGUCCAAGGUAUCGUUCAAAAAUGUUACUCCUUAACCCCUUCCUACUAGCUGUCGCGUGCUUUGCAUCGAGCGUCUUAUAUGUCUGGAAAUGUAUCGCUUCUCCUCUAGGAACUCUUCCUGGUCCAGGGAUCUCAUUAUUCAGCUCAUGGAUUCUUAAGUAUCAUGAAUUACAUGCCCAUCGCACGAGAUAUGUCCAUAGCCUUCACCAGAAAUAUGGUCCCGUUGUCCGGAUAGCCCCGAAUGAAGUGUCAUUUGCGUCUCUCGAAGGCGUGAAGGAGAUUUACGGUUCAGGUGGAAGCGGCUAUGAUAAGACGGAGUUUUAUAAUCUCUUUGCAAUACAUGGUCGAAGGACUAUGUUUAGUACCCUAAGAAGGGAGGAUCACGCUAGGAGAAAAAGAAUCCUUGCAGGCCGAUACGCCAAUACUAAUAUCCUGAAAUCGGAGUCGCUCCACGGGAUCAGAGAACGGUCAAACCGAUUCGUUGAGAGGUGCUCAAGGUUUGCCGGUGGAAGUAUCGACAUAUUUAUUUGUCUGCACGACUAUGCGUUUGAUUGCGUGACACAUCAUCUUUUCCACCCUUACGGAUCGAAUUCGCUCCAGAAUCCAAAAGAUGAGGAAAUUAUGAAACAGGUGACUUUUGAUGACAGCCUUCAGAAUCGUCUAGUCGAGUACUAUAACCCAGGCCUGCACAAGAUAUUCGGCAAUGUUCUAUCUUUGUUUGUCAAGCCGCGUCAGACACCCCUGGCAGAUGAGUUGGUCAUGUCCGCGAGCGCGAAGACCAGUCCUGCGCAGUUUACUCUGCUGAGUCGUAUGCAGGACAAGAAUUAUGAGAUGAAGCACAUUGACAUGGCAGCCGAGUGUUUCGAUCACAUGGCUGCGGGAAUAGAUACCACUGGCGAUGCUUUAUGUUUCCUGAUGUGGGAAAUCUCACAACCUAGAUCAUUCUAUGUCCAGCGGCGUCUCCAAGAAGAGCUCCGUGCUAAUCCCGAAGUGGCGUUUGAUAAACUACCUUACCUCGACGCCGUCGUCAUGGAGGGACUUCGUUGCUUCCCGGCAAUUCCCAUGUCCCUCCCGCGAUACGUCCCUUCUGGCGGCCGUACCAUCGAUGGGUAUUAUAUCCCCGAGGGAACAAUAGUGAGUUGCCAGGCGUACUCUACUCACCGCAUCGACGAAACUGUAUUUCCGCAGCCCGACACAUUUGAUCCGGAUCGCUGGCUACAGGAGAUAGGAGAGCUGGAGAGAAAACGACUAUUCUUCGCUUUUGCUAGUGGCGGUAGAGGCUGCAUCGGAAAGCAUUUGGCGCUCGCCGAGAUGAAGACCCUGCUGAGAGACGUUUACUCGCGGUUUACUACUGUGCCCGACCCGUCUAUGACUGCCGAGGAUAUGGAGAUGUCUGAUCAAUUAAUCUCUUCACAACCCCGUGGGAAGAGAUGUCUUUUGACGCUUAUCCCUCUAGGGGAUGGGGUCUAAGGAGGUUGGGUAUAGGUCAGUGAGAAUGUAAAUAUUUGUAUGUCGACUGUAUUCAAAGUCUGUAUGCAAUGUACCCAACGAAAUUGAUACGUUGGUCG